AUGCUAUCAACAACCCUCCUCUUCGCCCUCGAUAACACCAUCGUCGCCAACAUCCAACCCGCCAUCAUGACUGACUUCGGCCACCUCGAACUGCUCUCAUGGAUCGGAACGGGCUUCGCCCUCGGCACCAUGUUCAUUCUACUCUGGGGAAAGAUCUAUGGCGUCUUCAACAUCAAAUGGGUUUACAUCUUCAACAUCUUCUUGUUUGAGGCUGGCAGUGCACUCUGUGGUGCUGCGCCGAAUAUUGAGGCGCUCGUUAUUGGAAGGGUUGUUGCGGGCGUUGGGGGUUCGGGCAUGUACUCGGGUACGCUGACGUAUGUGUCGGUUCUUUCGGAUGAGAAGGAGAAGCCGGCGUAUCUUGCGGGGAGUACUGUUGUUUGGGGGAUUGGUAGCGUGCUGGGCCCGGUGGUCGGCGGUGCCUUUGCGGCAAGUAGCGCCACUUGGAGAUGGGGGUUCUACGUCAAUCUUCCUAUUGGUGCUCUGUUCGCACCCGUGUACUUCCUCCUAUUCCCCAGUAUCGACCCCUAUCCAUCCAAAACGCUCACCGAGAAGCUACGCCUUGUCGACUGGGUCAACGCCGUCAUCUUCCUCGCUGGUUCCGCCUGCCUAACCGUCGUGCUCACCUUCGGCGGGGUCAUCUACCCGUUCAGUUCCGGAACUGUCAUUACGCUGUGGGCCAUCACGGGCGUUCUGCUUGUCGUCUUCAUCGUCACGCUGAAGUUUCAUCCGCUCAUUACCAAAGGCAAUCGACUGUACCCACUGCAUUUCUUCAAGCAACCGACAUUGAUCAACAUGCAGCUUCAGGUAUUCCUAUCCUCUGGUGUUAUCCUGGUAAGCUGCUUCCGAACAAUGAUGAAGUCAAGAUGCUAA